AGGUCGCGCUUGCUUAUCUGCGCCCGGCUGCAGGGAGGGCUUCUCAUCUUCGCCUCCGCACGAGUAGUUCUCACUGGAGCCACUGCCUCGCGCCCUGGACCCCUUCUCUACGUCCUCACCAUCGACAAUUCUAAAAGUGAUAUUUUAAGUGGUACAUCAACUUUUGUUGACGUCAAUCUACGACUCCGAAAACCGAAGAAGAGCAAAGACAUGGCUUUCCCAGAUUCACGGUGGUUCCUACUGGUGUUACUCCACCUUGAGAUGAUCUUACACCACACAGCAGCAGGGGAAUCGCAGGGACUUCCGGGUCUGCCCGGGCAGAAAGGAGAUAUGGGCUUUCCUGGUCCUCCGGGAGCGCCUGGGAUGCCUGGCCGGAAGGGGGACUCGGGAAUUCCGGGAAGACCUGGUCCGGUUGGACCAAAAGGAAACGCAGGACUUCCAGGAUUUAUAGGACAGCCUGGUUACCCUGGAGCCCCAGGGAUUCCCGGAAUGAAAGGAGAACCCGGCAUAUGCACUGUGGACCCCAGCUCUGGCCAUUGCGUCGGGCUGGUAGGGCCCCCUGGCCCUAAGGGUGAACGCGGCUUCCCGGGUGAAGGGCUCAAAGGAGAGAUGGGCUUCAAAGGGGAAAAGGGAGAGCCGGGAGAUGGAUGGCUUCACCGGCCUAGGAGAGAUGGCGGAGAUGCAACGAACGAGCGCGCGGGGGCGGCGGGGUGCCUGGGCGGCGCGGCGCAGCUCCUGGCGUCAGCGCGGGCGGCGCGCAACGACACUGGCCACUGGCACGUCACCGCCUCCGCCGCCGCCGGCAGCAGCCUCGCCUCCGCGCAGCGCCCGCGCCUCAGCCUCGACGCGCGCCUCACCACGCGAGAGGACGGCCACGGCGACGGCGCGGACGCCUGGGCGGAGCUCACGCUGGAGGCGCACGUGGCCACGGCGCCCCAGGGCUACGAGCGCAUCCCCCUCGGCCCCCGCGUCACCAGCCUGUACCGCAUGUACACGGUGGCUCGGCCGUGGGCGCAGGCGGCUGCCGCGUGCCAGGGCGACGGGGCGCAUCUGCUAGUCAUCGACUCGGACGCGGAGGCGCUGGUCGUCAACGAGUUCUGGGCGAGGAGGCCCUCCUUCACGGGCGCCGUCAACGACGAGUGGUUCGCCAUAGGCUUUCGCAGGCGCUCCGACCGCAACGAGACGGUUCUCGGACAGCGGCUCGAGGACUCCGGCUACGUCAAAUGGGCUCCCGACAAGUGGCACUUGGGCGCAGAGUCCAAGUGCGGUCUAAUCGACGAACGACUGUUGUAUGCGCUUGAUAUAUGUACGCGUAGACGUCCUUUUAUUUGUGAAUGGGAAAGUUGGUAAAAGGAAAAAUAAUUAUAAUUCAGAAUUUAUUCGAAAGAAAAGUAAAAUAUUACUUUAUUUUAUAUCAAAAACAAAUUUUUGUUUGUGUGUAUUUUGGAUGUUCUUUUAAAUGAAAUACAUGAACAAUUAAUUGAAAUACGUAUUUUAUGUUUAUGUAAGAAUAUUAUUGUACGUCCUUUAAGAAUGCAGAUGAAUUUUGAAAUAAUUGUAAACGUUCUUUGUUACAUAAAAAUCAAGUUUAAUUGCAUUAUUUAAA